GAAUUGAUGAAAAUUAUAACGAAUUACAUUUUGAUAUUAAGCAAGCAGAACGAGAAUUAUUAAAAGAAGUAAGAAUAUUAGACGAUAAAGGAAUUGAAGCAAAUGAUUAUAUUGAAAGUUCGUUAAUCAAAAAAGCGGAAAAAGGGCAAGGGUUAAAGCCGAACAGCAUUUUAAAAUCUUAUGAAAUGACAAAAGAACGGACAGACUGGAAAGGAUUAGCCAAAAUUGAGAGAGCAAAAACAAGAUUAGCAAGAUUAGAAGUAAAAAUUGAAAAGGCAAAAGUCAAGGGCGAGGAUAUCCACGAAUUAACAGAGAAAUAUGAAAAAUUGGAAACAGCGAUAAUAUAUUAUUAG